UAUUUCUCAGAUCUUAGUUAUACAUUUAUGAGGGAUACUACCCUAGUAUUGAUGAAAAACCUAUAAAAUCGGAAAUAAUAUUAUAUAAAAGAAAAACGAGAACAACACUACUACAUUCUGACAUUGGAUUAUACAUAUUGGAUAUAUAAGCAACGAUAUUAGCUUACAACAACAGAGCGUGUGACGUCACAGACAGACGACGCGUAUCAUGGAAACAAGAAUGUCAAAAGAAGCUCUCUUGCGCCAGGUACUGGACGCCGAAAUCAGCAUUCCUGAUGAUAAAACAAUCUACUCUUAUUUACUCGGAUAUCGACUUUUCCAAAGCGGAGACCAACUGUUGAAGGAAAUUCAGGUCCGACUUUGUGGCAAAGAAUCUCCCGAAGUUGAGCGCAGAUUCCAAAGGCGAAACCAAAGAUUAAACCCUCGAUCCAAAGGAGCUACGUGCAAUAAGUGCCAAAAGAAGCACGAAAACCCCAAAAUUAUAAGCAAGAGUACAAAUAAUAUGCUCGAAAAGAACAACCCUCCCCUCUACGUUGAGAUGUUUCGUACCAAUGUCAUGAUUCAAGCGACUGCUCGUCCUUUAGCAAAUAACCUUUCAACUUCAGAAUCGGACAAUUUAUCUCCCGCUUUGUCUUCAAGUUUAAGAUCUGAUGACAUGUUAGCGAAAUCGUCCGAUUUUGACGAUUAUUGCGACAUAGACGAUCUCGAAUUUACAGACAAUCGAAGAAACACCGCCCCACCGGCUUCAUUACAAGCCCUCCCUUCCCCACAUAAACUUGGACAAUACACUCAAAAAUCGCAGAGCAAAAAUCAACAAACUGGUACUGACUUUUCCACAAAUAAAUUGACCCCAGAUUUCAAAUCCACAGCAAGUUUGGGGAUUUUACUCGAAAAAUUACCCGAAACCAACAUCGACGAUGUACAAUGUGCUGAUGGUGUCGUUGCUUCCGGCGAAGAUACAAUAAGACGUAGAAAGAAAGGCAGAAGACGAACCACAAUCACCGAUUCCGAAUUCACUGUUCCCCAAGGUGACCAACCCACAAUCGAGCCCUUAAAAUCCGAAACAGACUCCGUCCACCACGACCGUAGAUCCGUGGCAUCUAGGGACUCCGGUAUUCUAUCCGGUCUCAUCGAUAACGAACUCGAUCUAGACUUUCAAAGCAAUAAUAAUAAUAACAACAAAGCCAAAAGUGCGGGCAAUACAACUGAAACAGUCGUCACAAAAAUGCAAAGUGAACACUCGAGCCAAAAUCACGAUGAUAGCGGAUUCAUACCGUCCAACGAUACUCUGGACCAACUCGCCAAAGACAUCGAAACACAGAUUUGUGAUCACUUAUGCGACGAAAACAUCGUUCCAAAUGACGCCGAAUCAAGGCAGUUACAUCUCUUGCACGUACUUCUCGUCUGGGUCCGCGAUUUCCCUUCUGAUUUCAGAACAACCAAGGCCCUUGGAACGUUAAAAAGUAUACUUGGGAGCUUGGAAAAAGGCAAAAAGGAUCUCAAAGACCACUGCAGCCAGGUUCUUGAUACCUUGAGUCGAUGCACGAAUGUGCAAAACACUUAUGAAAAGUAUCUGCUCGAUGCAGAAAAGAAAGACACCCUGAAAAAGUCCGAAGACUUCCACGCAAAUAAAGAGGACAUGAUCUCCAUGGUUACCGGAAUGAACGACGUAGGAGAUGCCUACAAGAUGGCUGAACAACUGUGCCUUAUCGAAAUGGAUCUUCUGAGUCAUCUCGGAGCGGAAGAAUUUUUACAAAUGUUCGACACCAAGAAAAACGAUUCUACGAAAACGAAUUUGGGGGCUUCUGUUGCUUGGUUUAACCGAUUAAGUCAUCUCGUCGCAACUUCAGUUUGUGUGUGUCGAAAGCCAAAGCACAGACGUCACGUGAUCUCUUUAUUCACCCGAGCUGCAUCAAGGUGUUACGAAUUAUCAAAUUUCAAUUCAGCAAUGGCUAUUCUAACCGGUCUCAGCUUGGGUGCAGUUUCAAGGCUAAAACGAACAUGGAACAAGGUGGAAAUCGAAGAAAUCGAACGCUUACAGAGCGUGUUCGACCCUAGCAACAACUUCCGUCGGUAUCGCACCAUGUUCAAUGAAAGAUGGGCGGCAAUGCGUAGUCAACAAUCUCCCGGAAGUGACGUCAAACCCCAACCAAUCCCAGAAAACCGAUAUUCAACUGUAUCACAACAUUCUGCGACAUCACGAUUAUCGGUCGCCUCUCUUACGUCACAACAUAGAGACUCCGGGAUCGAAUGCGAAAACGAAUCCGCAUCGACAUCAAAAUCGUCGCCAACUACGUCAUCAUCGACGUCAUCGUCACCUAAAAGCAGGUUCACUUUUGACGAUAUCACAUCAAGAACCGGAAUCGAAGAUGGUGUACUCGUACCGUUCUUGACGUUAAUGGUUAAAGACGUUUAUUUCCUCAACCACGCGACACCGACAGUCGAAAACGAUGGAACGAUAAAUUUUGAGAAACUUCGUCAUCUUGGUGAAAUAUUACAUCCGUUGGAAACGUGGAAGAACACUCCUUGUGUUUAUAAGAAGAACGAAGAGUUACAAGAAUUUCUUCUUCAUUCAACGAUAUUAAAAGAUUCAGAACUUUACAAUUUGUCUUACAAACGUGAACCACCCAAAAACAAGUUUGAAAAAUCACAACUAAAGACGAUACGAGCGGAAAUGGAAUACAGAAAACGCGGGAACAUGGUCAGGCGAAUGAUCGCUAGGAGAAAGACCAUGUAAACCUCAUUGAACUGAUGGCGUCAUAGAUAGAUGACGUCACACAUGGUUCUUAAAUCGAAGCUCUUGGAAGUUCUUCCGAGUGCGGAAUAGAGAGGAGGAGGCUGCCGCCGAAUACAAUCCACGAUUGUUAUUAUGCAUUCCCGCAUCAUUGUGACGCACAAUUACACUUGAUGCAGUAUUGUUACGCACAAUAUAACUUACAUGAACAUUCCGUUUGUUUUGUUGUUACAUAACAAAAGGCAUACUAGGACACCUAUGAGGUGGUCCGAUCAUUCCUGUUUAGUGUCAAUGUAUAGUACCUAGUACUCAACUCAGGGGGAAUAACCGUUAUAUUCCCCCCAAAUGAAAUGUACAAUAAUUAUUGUAUCUAAAAUAGAUGUGAUUUUGACAACUAUUGCCUUGGAUACUAUUAGAAAAACGUGAAAUUACUUGAAUUUGGUGGUUAUUGAUAGUCUUUUCACUGUUCUUCUAGUAGUAAAGGCAAUUGAAAUAUUAGUUCGUCCCAUGACAAUCAAACUAUGAGGAUUGUUGUUGUUAUGUUUGAUUUUGCAAGAGUGCCUUAUGUUGUUGUUUAUCUGAGAAUUUGUUUCACGUGUUUAAUUUUUUUCUUGCACUAGUGCGAAUUCCUUAGAAGGUGUUUCAAACCGCCUGAAAAAUCGCAAAAUUCAGUAGAAAAAUCAGUAGUUUCUAGUGUAAUCACUGUUGUAAUGUAUACAUUUGAUUCCCAGCUUAUAUAUAUAUAUAAAGGGAGAUAAUGGGAAAUAUAUAUAUAAUUUGAUUUGCCCAUAAAUAAUAAAUAAAUUAAAGAAACACGCGCCUGCGAUGCAUCUGAUCCCGUAUCAUUUUUGUGGAUGAAACAAUUGUUUUGUUCAUUUUCACAAAAUAACAAAUAUUCACAUCCUCGAGCGCGAAAUUUUUGACCAAACUGUGAAAAAUUGAAGUAGCAAAAACUGUGGCUUUAAAAAUCAUUUAAAACCAGUGAAAAAUUAUAAAAUUUAUCGUCAACCUUUUUUCAUUUUGUUUUUGUUUGAAAAAUAUUGUUCCUAUUGUUUCCAUUUUUGCCGAAUUUUUUCCGCGUAGAUUUUGUUUUCGAAAAUCUAUUUUUUGUACUUUAUUUUUUUGUUUAAUAUUAUAAAUAUUGACGCUUUAACUGCCCGCAAAUUAUAGUUUGUGCAAGAAAAACUUUGUUGAGUAUGCUCAAAUUGGCUGUGAUUUAGCUGAUCUAAAUUUGAUGUAUAUUUUACAAAGUAAUUGUACAAUAAUUUUGUCAAUGCUGUGUUGCGUUUCAAAUGCUCAUUAGAGGUUAUAUUGCAAAUUUUGCUUAUUUUUCGCAAAUAAAUGAAAAAGCUGAGAAAACUA